AGGUAUAGAGUUCGUCUUGUAUAGUAAAAGGAGUCAAUAGCAGUUUUGUAAAUACUCCUCUCCAUCCUCUGUUUACUUCUUCUUCCUCAAUUGGGAUCUUUGAGAUCGGAUUCGGAAAGCUUACGAUACGUAAGAAAUGGCGAAAUCCAGUGUCGACGAUGCUGAACUCCGGCGAGCAUGUGAAGCUGCAAUAGAGGACCCCAAGGAGAAGGUCGUCACGUCGAUCCGUGUUGCGAAGGGUCAUGGGCUCUGGGGAAAGUCUGUCAAGCUAGGCCGUCAAAUGGCCAAGCCUAGGGUUCUCGCUCUAUCCAUAAAUUCUAAAGGUCAGAGAAAAACUGCUUUUCUUCGAGUCUUAAAGUAUACAACAGGAGGUGUUCUUGAGCCUGCAAAGAUAUACAAGCUUAGGCACCUUUCAAAAGUGGAAGUGAUAGCCAAUGAUCCCAGUGGAUGUACCUUCACACUGGGGUUUGAUAACCUCAGAAACCAGAGCGUAGCUCCUCCUCAAUGGACAAUGCGCAAUAUAGAUGACAGGAAUCGUCUGCUGCUUAGCAUCUUGAAUAUGUCAAAGGAUCUUCUAGGCCACCUUCCUAAAGUUGUUGGUAUUGAUGUUGUGGAGUUGUCUCUCUGGGCGAAGGCCAACGUACCUCCAGUUUCCACACAAAGGAGUCCACAAGGUGGUGCUCCCGUUGCAUCUGCUGUGACACAGCCUGAAAUGAAAGUUGCCGUUGAAAAGGAACUUGUCUCGCAAGCAGAGGAAGAGGACAUGGAGACUCUUUUGGGAACUUAUGUUAUUGGUAAUGGUGAAGCAGAAGAAUUUUCCGAAAGGUUGAAGAGAGAACUCCAGGCUCUUGAAGCAGCAAAUGUGCAUGCCAUUUUAGAAAGCGAACCUAUGAUAGAAGAGGUGUUGCAAGGGCUUGACACAGCAAUGAGUUGUGUGGAAGACAUGGAUGAAUGGUUAGGCAUCUUCAAUGUGAAACUUCGGCACAUGAGGGAGGAUAUUGAAUCGAUAGAAACUCGCAAUAACAAUUUGGAAAUGCAAUCUGUGAAUAACAAAGCUCUUAUUGAGGAGCUUGAUAAGCUUGUUGAGCGACUACGGGUCCCUUCUGAGUAUGCAGCAUGUCUGACCGGAGGUUCAUUUGAUGAGGCAAGAAUGAUUCAAAAUGUUGAAGCAUGUGAAUGGUUGACUGGAGCCUUGCGUGGUCUUGAAGGGCCUUAUCUGGAUCCUGCUUAUGCAAACAUGAGAGCUGUUAAAGAAAAGCGUGCAGAACUUGAAAAGUUAAAAUCUACCUUUGUCAGGAGAGCUUCAGAGUUCUUAAGAAAUUAUUUUGCUAGUUUGGUGGAUUUCAUGAUAAGCGAUAAAAGUUAUUUCUCUCAGCGUGGACAAUUGAAGAGGCCAGAUCAUGCAGACUUGCGGUACAAAUGUAGGACAUAUGCACGACUUCUGCAGCAUUUAAAGAGUCUGGAUAAAAAUUGCCUGGGCUCACUGAGGAAAGCUUAUUGCAGUUCACUUAACUUGCUUCUUCGCAGGGAGGCUCGUGAGUUUGCAAAUGAGCUUCGUGCUAGCACUAAAGCAUCAAGAAAUCCAACUGUUUGGCUUGAAGGUUCGACAGGUUCUGGUCAGAAUGUAAAUGCUGCUGACACUUCUACAGUGUCUGAGGCUUAUGCAAAGAUGCUCACGAUUUUUAUUCCACUUCUGGUGGAUGAGAGCUCCUUCUUUGCACACUUUAUGUGCUUUGAAGUUCCCACGCUAGUUCCUCCAGGUGGCAUUGUAAAUGGUAAUAAAACUGGAUAUGAUGAUGAUGCCAAUGAUGAUGAUCUCGGAAUUAUGGACAUUGACGACAAUGACAGCAAGCCAGGUAAAAGUUCUGUUGAGCUUGCAGCUUUAAAUGAAUCACUCCAGGAUUUGCUCGAUGGCAUCCAAGAAGACUUCUAUGCUGUUGUGGAUUGGGCAUAUAAGAUUGAUCCUCUGCGCUGCAUAUCAAUGCAUGGAAUAACAGAGCGCUAUCUCUCUGGUCAGAAAGCAGACGCAGCAGGAUUUGUUCGCCUUCUUCUUGGUCACCUAGAGUCUAGGAUAUCCAUGCAGUUCAGCCGUUUUGUUGAUGAAGCUUGCCAUCAAAUUGAAAGAAAUGAACGCAAUGUUCGCCAAAUGGGGGUCUUAUCGUAUAUUCCCAGAUUUGCAACCCUUGCUACACGGAUGGAACAGUACAUUCAGUCUAGGGACUUGGUUGACCAGGCAUACACAAAUUUGUGA